AUGGAUCGGUCACGGAGCGAAUUCCAACAGACAGCUGGGUCAAAACUCAAAAGGGAGAGUGGGAAAUGCCGAAAACGUCAGCCAGCACGGGGCGCUCGCUGGAACCAGUCCACAGCAGUCCUCGCGUGGACCCAACUCCCAACCCACCUCCCCCGUACCGCAAGUCCGCAACGCACUCGGCGGCUGAGGCUCCGCGGGCUCCCACUCCAAAAACCCUCCUCCACUCCAGUCUCUAGGCCGUACCGCCACCACCGCACCGGCUCCAAAUCGCCCCACCCGCAGCAGAAUGCUCCGCCGCAUACCGGGCGCCUUCACCGUGGCCGCGGGCUUCCGCCGCUCCCUCUGCACGGCGCGCUCCCGCCGUGGGCCCUGAUCCAGCGCGCGUCGGUGGACGAGUCCGGGGCGCCGGCGAGCCCCCGUCCGUCGCCGGCCUUACCUUCCCCGCCCACCUCGUCCACCCGCGCCGCCCCGGAGCCGGCGACGGCCUCCUCCUCGUGCGCUUCUGCCACGCCCGCCUCGACGCGCACGCCCUCGGCGACCUCGACGCCCUCCCAGCUGCGCAGCCUCUCCUGGGCCGGCACGGACGUGGACCCGGAGGUGGUCCGCUUCGUCUGCAACGCGCUCACCGGCGAGCUCUACCGCCUCCCGGACCUCGACGGCACCAAGAGGACCUCCGCCUGCCGCCACCUCGGCCUCCUCACCCAGUCCCGAGCCGGUGACGGGCCGCCUGACAGGUACGCGGUGGCCGAGAUGUUUACUGCCGGAGACCCGGAGGAGGAGGGGGACGGGGGCUUCGUCAUGCGCCGGUUUCUCUCGGAGACGGGGAAGUGGGACAAAGUGACGGGCUUGCCGUCCCCGCUGCCCGCUGGGCGGAAGAUGGACAUCGGCAACGCCGUGGUGGCCUUCGGCGACCGCCUGUGGUGGAUCGACGACAGCUGGGGUGCCAUCUCGGUGGACCCCCUCAGCGACCGUCCGGAGCUCCGGUUCGUCGAGCUGCCCAGAGGCAGCGUGCUCCCUGACCUGGACGGCAUGGCGUCGACGGGGAUAUUGGGCAGCCACCGGCGCAUAGGGGUCAGCGAGGGGAAGAUGCAGUACGUCGAGGUGUCCAAGGAGAAGCCGUAUGUGAUCAGCUUGUUCUCGCUCGACGACGAGGGCAGCUCCUGGACGCUGGACCAUGAGACGGCGUUUGCUCCAAUUUGGGAUGAUGCACUCCUCUGUUCGGCACCCUUGGAGCAAAUGCUGGCAAUUGGCGCCAUCAACCCACUCAAAGCCAACAUCGUGUACCUUGCCUGCGGCGACAAAAUUCUUGGCGUCGAUGUGGUUACUAAGAAGAUAACUAGGAUUUCUGGUCUAGCUAUAGCUGUGCCAGAUCUCCCCCUACUACCAUGUGUGCUUCCAACCUGGCUGGAAUCAAGCCAAAUUCCAUCUGCAGGUUGGAGCAAGAAAAACACCCUUAAAAGUGAGGUAUCGCCAAACACUGUCAAAAGGGAGAAUUUGCAUGUCGAAAUAGAUUUGUUGAAAUGAAGUGCACCGGCUAAUCUUUCUUAUGGUUAUUUUUCGAGCCACGGCCAUGAUCCGUUCAUGGUCGCUACUCACUCCGAUGGUGGCCAGGGAGCAUUUGGUUACUGGAUCUAUCCGCUGGGAGAUGGUAGCUCGGGAUAUCUUCAACCGGUUUGGAUGGCGGUCAUGUAAUAGGAUAGGCAAUUAGUUUACCUAUCUAUGUUUAGCCAGCCGGUUGUGGCGUCUUAUCUUGGCUAGUCUGUGUGUCCAGCCUCUUUUGCUCUGUGUGAGCUGUUUUUUUAUUACUUUUCAGUCGGAGACUUUGGAACCUUGUUGGAACCUUUUCUUUCGUUAAUAAGAUGGCCGUAUGCAUCACUCUGAUGCAGAGGCCGGGGAGACCCCCCUUUUCAA